AUGGACAUAAAUAUUCUAGAUUUUAAUAGAGGAGACAACGAUGUGGAAAAGAAGACAAGAAUUCUCUACAAUGACAUUGUAGACCGAUGGAAGGGAUGUAGUGCUGCAUGGUUGCACCCACAAGAGAUCGCGGUGACCCGCCUUUUUGGAAACUCUGUUUCGCCAAACUUUGCCGCUUCUUCGCCACCCUUUGUCCUCCUGCUAUUUUAUAUGGAUUCUCUAGGCUGUUCAAAACAACACCGAGUGACUGUGUGGAACUUCCCGGACGAUAUUUUAUUAAACAUAUUCAUUCAGUUACCGGCUAAACAGCUUGCUCAGAUGAGAUGUCUCUCCAAAUCUUGGAAUGCACUUUUAUCUGUACCCUCUUUCAUAAAAUCCCACCUUCAUCGCUCAAUCCAAAACAACAAAAACGAUGGAAUUCUAUUGUUCUUUACCAAGCCAUUUUCUUUCGACUCUAAACCAUUCAUAGCACGCCCUUAUCGAUCUCCCAAUCUGGAACUCACUAAUUUCAUCAAGCUCCCAGUUAAACCCCAAUCUGAAAAUAGUCGUGGCAAAGUCAUUGGAUCUGUUAACGGCUUAAUAUGCUUUAAAUACGGAUCAAAUCAUAAGCCCAAACAUACGUUGUGCAAAAGAGAUCCUGAUUCUUAUUUUAUUUAUGGAUCAGAUCAUGGUUCUGAGGACAUUUACAUAUGGAACCCUUCCCUCUCUGCCUUGUUAACUCUCCCACCAUAUUCUAUGCCUUCCCAUUCCAUCCAACAGUUUUUUCGACUUGGAUUUGAUCCCAAAACUGAUGAUUAUAAAGUUGUGAAGAUUACACGACGUCUUUUGAUAUUACCAAACGCAAUUGCCUAUAUGGAGUGGCUUCCGGUUGAGAUUUAUAGCAUGAGAAAGGGUUCAUGGAAGUUCAUCACUCAACGUGUUCCAUUGCACUACCAAGAAAUUUACGAUUUUGAUUAUCUCUGUGUAGAUGGCCAUGUCGGCCAUCUUCAUUGGCAUGGUGGUUAUUAUUUAGGGAAGUUGGUUUCAAAAACCAUAUUGGCAUUUGAUUUGGAUGCAGAGACUUUCAGUGAGAUAACUCUUCCAGAUUCUGUCAACGGUGAUAAUGUGAAUAAUGUCUCCACGAUCAUAGGAGUUUUGGACGGAAAACUAUGUGCGAUAUCAAAGGCCCACCCAGAUUAUGAGUGUGUGGUGUGGGUUAUGGAUGAAUAUGGGGUGGCUGAGUCAUGGGUGAAACAUCAUGUCUUUCCUUCUUUUAGAGGUGAUAUAUAUCCAUAUGGAUUUACAUUACAAAAUGAGUUUCUUUUUCAACUUAGUUUUCGAGUUUCAAGAUUUAGCCAUGCUUUAUACGAUCCAGUUGCAGCCAAGACUAAAAUCUUCAAGUUUGUUACUUAUAUGGAUAGAGAAAAAGUUGUUGAUUAUGUCGACAGUCUUGUUUGGUGUUUUAGUUUCCAUCAAAGUCUUUAG